AUGGCGCGGAGGGAGGCGGAGGAAGCGGCGGAGGCGACAGUGGAGAAAAAGCGCAAGAUCAGCGAUGACCUGGCAGCGAUAGAUUUGGUUCCCAUCCCAGCAGAGGAAUCCUGGGUUGAGCAAGGGCUCGAUGUCAUCCUCGCUGCUGUGGCGGAUUCCAGCCCUGUCGGUCGACCGCGAAGACUCGCGGCGCUGCUGGAGCUGGAAAGGCGCUCUGGGAUCUUGAGGAACCUCCGGACGGCAAGGGAGACGGCGGAGACUCUGUGGCUGCAGCUCAGGGACACGGCGAGUGGCGACGUCCAUGCUCUCUGCCUCUGCGUUGCUGCCCUUGAGACGCUCGCCUGCUCCCCCAAGAUCAUCGACGCCGAAGCGCGGCUCAAGCUGCAGCCCCACCCUCGGCUUGCACGCGGUCAGAGCGAGUUGAUCGCCGACGCGAUCGUGCAUGAGAUGAUCGAGGCUGUAACGACGCCCAAGAUCGCCCCGAGGCUCAUGCAGCGCUGCAUGAUCGCGCUGCUGAGGAUAGGAGCUGCGAGGCCGGAGAUGCAGCGGCCGGGGCUGGGGUCGGCGAUCGGGCUAACCCUGAGGGAAGGAAACUCGCAGUGUAGGAAGGUGGCGCUGGAGCUGCUGGCGCAGUCUAAGGUCUCAGUCGGGAGCCAGGAGGGACUUCAGAUCUGCCGCUCGUUCCGCAAGGAUGCUGACCACGUGGUGCGGGCGGCUGCGAUCAUGAGCCUUCAAGCAUGGCGGCCCAUGGACGCGACCAUGCUUGAGGACGCGGUGAGCAGCCUAUCGGACGACAUAGCGGAGGUGCGAGAACAAGCCUUAGUGUGGCUGGGAAACAUCGCGAUCGACAAUCGCUCUUUUCACUUCCCCAAGUCGAAGAAGACGGAAGUCAAGCUCACGGACUCCUGCUUCAUGCAGGUAUGCGGAGCUGUCUUCGACAGUGAGAUGAGCGUGAGGGAGGAAGCAUGCCGCGUGCUGGGAACGAUCCCCGCGGUCAGCGUGCAUUACAUGCUGCAGACGCUGACCAAGAAAGUCUUGUCUUCCGAGCAACUGAACGAGGUUGAACAAACGGCCCUGGAGGGGGAGGGAGACUUGCAGAUCUCGCAAGGUUCUUCUCUCCUCACAGCAGAUGCUGCUGGCGCCUUUGUGGUGGCUCUCGAGGAUGAGUUCUGGCAAGUGCGAUGCGCAGCCAUCGGAAGCAUCUGCGAUCUCGCACUGCGCAGCAGAACCUUUCGUGAGAAGGCGAUGGACGUGCUGGUGGACAUGCUGGCCGAUGAGAUCGAGAAGGUUCGAGUGGCAGCUGUGAACGCCCUCUCCCGCCUCCGCAACGUCAUUGAGUUUGCCGAGCAUCACCUCCAGGUUGUCUUGUCCCUGCUGGAGGAUGUUUCCGAGCCGCUCCGAGCUCGGGUCCAGCUGAUGCUGGGCAUGAUCCCCUUGACAAGCCCGCUAUGUCUCAACCUCACCGUCCGGGCCCUCCUGGACAAUAUCAGAAGGUACCCAAGUGACACCCCGAACAUCUACAAGGCGCUCUCGAAGCUGGGAAAGAACUGCUCGGCACUAGCUGAGGAGGUCACCCCAGCCCUUCUGGUCCAUCGCACGGACGACCAGCUGGAAAGCCCGUACCUCACCACUCAGGCUGACGUGGACGAUGAGACGUACGUGGGCAUCCUCGUCAUGGUUCUUUCAGCAGCUGCUGUAAACCCGCACGUGCUCGCUCAGUGUCCCUCCCACUGCCUGCGGCACUGGAGGCUGCUGAGGCAUAAGCACCCGCACCUCAUCCCCUGGAUCAAGGUAUAA